GCAAGUAUGAAGGAAGUCAAUUCAACUUCACCCCAUACUAAAUUAUUCUGAUGUUAUGAAUACUAUCUCUGCAAUUGGAUAACCAUUAUUGAAAUGGAUAUCUUUGCUAUUCCUCAGAUCUUUUGAGUUACUUGGGAUCCGAACGUACAUUUUAUCGGUAGGAGUACGAUCGCGAUUUCAGAUUCAAGGAUUUACAUAUGAAUCGGAUAGGAUCGCAUCAGGAAUAUUGAUUGAUAUUCACCAGGGACUAUCGGUAGUGUCGUUAUGGCCCUCAUGCGAAGCUGGCUCGCCCAGCAUAUCGAAAAGUCUUUAGCAGAGGCGGUGGAUUGGUUGAAGUCAAUGCAUGUUGGAAAGCAAAAUGCCGACAACUCUCGUAAUCGAUUCUCCUAUAAACAGGAGAAACUUACCAUACAGCUCGAAAAGUCCGGAUUAGUUCAUCUAAUUGGCGUCAGUAUACCCCUUGUCACUCAUUCCAUUCGUUCAUCUGUUGACACAAGUGCAGAGCAGCAAAGGGCGGGGUGCCAUUCAAUUUAUGACCGUGUCUGAUGGUACGACCGAAAUCGCAGCAGCAUUUCAGCAAGACUUUCUGAAUCGUUUUCUGGAAAAGAACAAAAGGACACUCGAAGGGCUUAUAGGAGAAUCAUUAGCAGCGGGAGAUUGCCAAUUGGUAUGAUGGUCUUGUCAGUUUGUAUGAGGUCUCCAGGAGUACUAACUUCGACCUCGGAUAUGCGACUUCAAUGUUGCAGUAGAGCCAUCGAUUAGAAUAUACCUUUAUAUUCCAAGUUUCAAGCUGAAAGGGAGGCAGGAUAUUUCUGGCUCAGCUCGUGCCAUAGAAAUUGGAGGAACUAUCGAUAACACACUGCGUACAAUGCAAAAGAUCUUAAAUCCUAAAGAUUGCGACAACGAUUUUCACUCGUCCGUAGUGCCCGAGUUUCAGAAUUCUUCACUACUUUCACAGUCUGCUAUGUUCGCGACACAGGUCUCGAACAGAAUUUCGGAACCGGGAAAGGAUAAGAUUGAUGCUUCCCGAGCCCAGGCGCCAGAUAUACUACGCGUUCUCCAAGGAAACCAGCAGCCAGCCGUUGAAAGCGCAAAUACUAGUCCUCAACUCAAUGAGCCAGGACUGCCGCUUGACUCUCCAAUCAGUACGAGUGCAGCACGACCGCUUUCAUCGAUGUCAAAUUCCAGCGCAACGAACUCGGAUGGAGGUAAUGACCUAGGGAAUUCAAAACAUGCACAUGUACCAUCGUCGCCCCUUGAACGUUCUAUAGAUCAAGAAGAAGUUGGCAGCGAAAGGAUACUGGACUACAAGAAGCCUAGUGCAACGAAUGCGGCGCUCACUGCCCUUGGAUCUUCCAAUGGGCGGAGACAUCAGGGUGUUCCAGCUAAUGAAAUUUACCCAUUUCAGGAAAAUUUGGCAUUUAUCCCGCGUCCUUACGCCCUUAUUUCGAAAGAACAGAGAGACAUUUUGGAGCGUGCAAACUCGUGGGUCUCACCGUCAGAGAAUCAUGGGUCAUUACCACCACUACUCCCCGGUCUCCUGCAGGCUAAUUUAUUAGCGUUUCACGAAAAACGGCUCGGCAGACAAGAAUCGAUCCACUGUAAAAAUACGGUACAGAGCAGUGAAGAGCCCAACCUGGAUACAGAUCAAAACACUGUCGGAACAAGGGAUAGUGAAGAUGGUGAUACUACUCAUCAUGGCAAUGAUAUCCUAGAAGACUCUAACAAAGAUGCUGAAGAAGUUGCGUAUACCCCCGAACUGCUAAACUUUCACAAAUCACACGACAGCGAGGAGGAUCAUCAGUCAGAUAGUGACUCGAGUGAUAUGUCCGAGCUUAGUUGCCCGAGCCCAGAAGUCAACUCAAUGCCCAGGCAAGAUAUGGCGGUUAACGCUGCACCGGAUCAAUCUUUAGACCAGGCACAUUCGGUGACACAACCUAGCUCGACAAUUGAUAAUGGUGCUACUAUACCUAGUGCAGAUGACUCUAAUGCGCCAACUUCAGAUGUUCUUCGAAAGAACAUUUCCCAAUCGCCCCCUGUUAUUUCAAAAAGCAUAAGAACUUCCGAUGUUAAGAUCAGAUUACCUACAACAUCAACCUUUGACUUACCUAGUAGCCCUUCUGAUGACGAAGAGAUCGAAUUGGAUCACGCACAUGUUCUAGGUGAAGAAAUCAACAGCAGCGAUCCACCUGUAGAUGAAUACCUACCGAUUUCACAGCCUACCCUGCCCAUUAUCGCAGGGCAUAAGUCUGGAGUACAAGUCGAAAAGACACCGAAGCGAAGAAAACGCUCAAAUGAAGAACUAUCCUCCAAUGCUAUUAUCCCUGGCACUUAUAAUAGCUCACAAAAGGAUCCUGAUAAUAAAAGCUCGUUCAUUCCUGAGUCCGGGAUAUUUUCGUUACAUUCGCCCCGCAAAUUACCUUCAAAAAUUGUGGAGAGUUUUAUCGAGGUGCAUCAAGAUAAGCACGAGCGAAAUCACUCCGAUAUCCAACAGUCUCGUGCCCAACAGAUAUCAUCAAGGUCCAAUGAUGAUAUGAUUUAUCAGAAUGCAUCGGGGUCUCAACCCUACCUACAUCUACAAAUUUCGAAUCUUGAUGGAGCUGCUUCUGAUGUUUUACCUCCUAUAGUUGGAAGAUCUCCCACGAACCACUCGCCAUCAAAUCAAAACUCCUUUGAGCAAGGACAUGAUCGGGGCAUUUUUGCCAAGAGACGAAGAAUUACAGACCCUGUGGCUUUAGGCUUCAGUCAAGAAGAACCCCCCUAUAGGGACAGGAAUGAAAUGGUAAGAGCAAACCGUAGAGAAAUUCGGAAGGCCUUACAAAGCCUAGCGCCAACAGAAGAUUCUCAAAAGGUCGAUGACAACGUAGAAAAUAACCCACAAAGCCGAGCAUCUGCAGAAGUUCCGCGAACGAUCCAUGAUAGGAAUAAGAACGAUCUGCCCUGUACAGUAACCAUUGAGCAGACCUCCGCAUCUCACAAUAGUAGACCUACUGAUCAUUCAACGUACGCUUUAAUAACAUUGGACGAUCACGACAUGAGUAACGGGUCACUUUUACCUAGUGGGGCACAGUCAAACUCGGAAAAGGUUCACCAGUCAACUUCACUUUUUGAGGAGUAUUGUGCUGCUUACCCACGAUACACUGGCACUAAGAAACAAUUCUUACAAGCGCUCAUAUACCUGGAAUGGCUUGGAACACCGAUCAGACAACCUCAUAGAUCAUUGUGGGAUGAUUUUGUCCGGUUCUAUGCCCAUGAAUAUUCGGAGCAUGUCCGGACUAGUGCAGCCAGAAUGACUGGAAUUCAGUUUUACAAUUCUUUGGGAAUUUCUGAUCCCGAAUUUACGCACUGUGAUGAUAUAACAUGUCGAAUAAUCAAUCCGGAAAGUAUCAAAGCUGCUUUAUCGUCUGAGUCUCCUGAUCACGACGCGAUUGAAGAAAUGCGUGGGAAGUAUAGAGGCAUUGCAAGACCAGCCUCGCAGCAGUCAAUAGAACCAGUGAGGCAAUCAUCUAGUCCCAGCGAGCUCAUCACUAUCACAAAUACCGGCGAUGCGCCAGUGUCAGCUUCCGCACAGCCUGAAAAUAUUACUUCAAAAAGGCCUUUUGAAACCGCAGGUCAAUCGCCAUCAUUGUCAAAUCCAGAGGCUAUGCCUGCGGGGCGAGGAAAAAGGUGGACCUUUGCAGAAAGGGGGAUUUCUAGGGAUAGCGCUGCACAGGAUCCGUCGCCGCCAAGGACGGGAGUGCCAGCAUCCCAACCAAAUGCAUCUGAAGUAUAUGAGACAGUUGCGACGUCAACAGAAGAUAUGAAGGGGCCUAGAAAAGCCACACCCAGAAGGUUUUUCGAGACCCUAAGUCAAUUGCCUUCAUCGGUAAGUCAAGGUUCUCCGCCUCGUAUUAGUUCUCCGUCCGCGCAGAGAUUAGCAUUACCAAUUGUCUCGUUCAAGGCGCCGAACAAUUCCUCAUCAAAACACACAAGACGCGCUGAGCCGGAGAGCCCAGCCCAGGAAAAGGCACCGCAUAUCAUGAAUGAAACAGUGACUUCAAUAGAGUGCAAACCGCAAGGACUUUCAUUGAAACCAUCACUUGAGAGGUCAAUAUCUCCGCCACCAUCACGAAAGAAGUCUACGGCAACAUCAAACAAACCGGAAAAGGUUAUCCACUGGCUAAAAAAUCAAGAACAGGCGAUGAGGAUUGCAAAAUCAACCAAGUCUCCGUCGAUCGCACAAACGUACAAGGGGAAGUGGGAAUUUGGCAAAUAUCUCGCGCGAAAACGAAUCGAGAGUAGUAAUCACCCUCCAAGAUUGACACCGAGGACUAGUUUUAGCUUAAAGCCUAGAUCUCCCAGCGGCAGUAAUGCUUCAUCAAUAUAGUGGUUCGGCAGAAAAGGACUUAUUUGUUGGGGCUAGCUCUUACAAGGUCCUUGCCUUCAGGUAGAUGACGAAUCAAAUGAUAAUGGAUGAAUGAAAGUGCUGGAAAAGGGAAAGAAGUAGAGAAGGUUCAACUACUCGAGAGAAGGAAAUUAAACCCAGAUGUCGAAUAGGUAGUUGUGAAGACAGGGAAAAGUUACCGUGUUAAUUUACAUAUUGAUGCCCCAAAAUAAUAAAAAGCAUGUGAAAAA